GUGCGUAGGGCUCUGGCGGGGCGGCUGCUGGGCUCAGUGCUGAGCGGGCUCUGGCGCGAUGGCGAGCGCGGUCGUCAGGGUCGCCGGGCGGCGGCUGAGCCAGCAAAGCGCAUCCGCCCCGGUCCUCCUGCGGCAGAUGUUUGAACCCAAGAGCUGCACCUAUACCUACCUGUUGGGUGACCGGGAGUCACGAGAGGCAGUCCUGAUCGACCCCGUUCUGGAGACAGCGCAUAGGGAUGCUCAGUUGAUUAAGGAGCUGGGGCUGAGGCUGCUCUACGCUGUGAACACCCACUGUCAUGCUGACCACAUCACCGGCUCGGGGGUUCUCCGGUCCCUGCUCCCGGGCUGCCAGUCCGUCAUCUCCCGCCUCAGCGGAGCCCAGGCUGAUUUGCAUAUCGGGGAAGGUGAUUUCAUCCGCUUUGGACGUUUUUCCUCAGGCUGUGCUAAGACUUUGUACCACUCUGUGCACCAGAAGAUCUUCACACUUCCAGGCAACUGUCUAAUCUACCCAGCUCACGAUUACCACGGGCUCACAGUUUCUACUGUGGAGGAGGAACGGACUCUGAACCCACGGCUUACCCUCAGCUGUGAGGAGUUUAUCAAGGUCAUGGACAACCUGAACUUGCCCAAGCCACAGCAGAUAGACAUUGCUGUUCCUGCAAAUAUGCGCUGUGGGGUCCAGACUCCACCCUCCUGAUUGGUCCCAGCCAGCUGCUCACAUCCGUUAUGAAUGCACUAUGUGGGGUGAGGGGAGGGGUGUCACCCCCGGCCUCUCUCCUCCCCUACCCCUACACUCACCAGCUACUUGAGCUUCUUAAAUAAAGUUUACUUCGUUUUUGCCACG